CAGCAGAUCCCUCCAGGCACGUAGCACCGUUGCUAGUAGGCGUGUCCGAGCGCCGAGUAUAAAUACGGUUUCAGGCAGGGGGAGGUCGUCAGAUACACGUUGCUGCUCGGCUGAGGCGUAUCGGUUUGAGUUACUGUGCGAAGGGAUACAGAAACUAGAUCGUGUGUUGUGCAGUUGAACAGUUGAACGGCAGAAUAUCAAGACCGAAUACUCGAAGAUGUAACUAAAAGUUACUUUACGGUGUCUCACAGGUGUCCAAAGACAGUUUGAUCAUGACAGUUCAUAAGCGUUACGGACAUUCGCGGUAACCAGUCAAGCUGGCAGUGCCGAGAGAAUUGCGAAACGUAAGUAAAGCAUUUGAAGUAUGGUGAACAUGGAAGGUUCAAGAGAGCAGCAUACCGUGACAGCCUCGCCGCCGCCACGGGCUGCCCUGAAAACCAACUUCAGCAUUCGCAGCAUCUUGCCGGAAGCCUGUGCCGGGACGCCCGCACCGUCGGUCAGUCAGUCGGAUUCCUUCGACGUCGGGCACAGCGUCGACGACAGCGACGAUUGCAGCGAUCUCGACGUGACCGGUGACGGCGCGGAAACGCCACCCUUGGAUUGUUCCACGAGCGCGGCAUCCGUCAGCCCGACGAGCCAGAAGGACUCGAAGGAACAAUCCGAGGACAAAAAGAAAGGGGAGAAACCACCAUACAGCUACAACGCGCUGAUCAUGAUGGCCAUUCGGCAGAGUCCGGAGAAGCGGCUCACUCUGAACGGCAUCUACGAGUACAUCAUGCAAAACUUUCCGUACUACGAGAACAACAAGCAGGGUUGGCAGAACUCCAUCCGGCACAAUCUGUCGCUAAACAAGUGUUUCGUUAAGGUGCCCCGUCACUACGAUGAUCCGGGUAAAGGCAAUUACUGGAUGCUAGACCCGAGCUCCGAGGAUGUGUUCAUUGGAGGUACCACGGGCAAGCUCCGACGUAGGACCACGGCGGCCUCGAGAUCUCGACUGGCAGCCUUCAAAAGGAGCAUGGUGUUCACCGGAAUUUAUCAGCCUUGCGGCUAUGGGCCUGCAGCGUGGCCGGCGUCGCUCUAUACGGCUCUGCCGUAUUUUCCUCGCGCCGCCACGUAUCCUCCAGUGACCGGCUCUUACGCCACACCUCCCGGAUAUACUUUGAUACCUGGAGCAGCAACCACAUCAGCUAAUAGUCUGCCUUGCAAACCGCAGCCGCUGCCGGCGACAACGGCGCCGCCGGCACACGGAGCCUUUUCUGUUGAGAGAUUACUGCAGACGCCCACGGGUUAUCCCACCGGCAUCGCAACCCCCGGAAUUCCGCCCCCGGGAAACCCUUACGAAUUCUACAACACCCUGAGAUCCCUCGCGCAUCAGCAACAGGCAGUGUUCAGUCAGCAAUCCAGGUACCAUCUGGUAUCUGGUAACCAGCCGCCAGUGUUGAGUCAACCUGCCUCCAGCACGGCUUCGCCUGGCAGCAGUCCAGAACCGAUGGCUCCGCAUUCACCGCCGGUUACGGUCUGCAACGCUGUUCAACCAACGAGGCCGCUCCCUCACAGUCCACCGCAGCUCCUUCUGAAGCCCAUCACGGUCCUGACUGGCCGGCAAAGCUGAAUCAGGAUUCCGUAACCGUCGAUCUCCAGGAAGUGCGGCACGAUCGCACUUUGUACGUGAAAUUGCGUUAUCUUGUGAAGCCGAAUCUUUACGAACACUUACAAAAUUUGCAACGAAAUAGCUACGAAAAAUUCCAAAAAGUUUAGCUGGUCUAAAUUUCCUUUCUUAAAUUCAUAAAUUUUUAAGUUCUUAAAUUUUUUAAUUUUUGUAUCGUUGACACGCGUGAAUUGUUGAUAGCAGGCCUAUAAACGUUUAUUUCUUGAAAGAAUUAAGGCUUACCAAGGGUGUAUAACUUGAGGAAAUUGUAGCUUUCUGUGAGCUCUGUGUUCUCGAUGCCGAUUUGUACAAGGGUUACACUCAAGGUACAAUUUAAUGAUAAUUAAUUUUUACGUCGAUUACUAGUUCGAAAAUUUAUACGGCUUUUUUCUUGUCGAAUACUGCUUUUUUGUAAAUAUAAUAUUUAAGGAAGCGCUGACGCGUACAUUCGUCAAUACUGUUAACGAAAGGACUCUACCAAAUUAAUUAAAUUAAUUUAAGUUCGAGAGUAUGUGAUCGAACAUCUUUACUAUAAUAGAAAAGUAAUAUAAUAAUGUAAAUAAUUACGUAGAUAAAAUUUAAACUCGUGAUCUCUUAUUGACGCCCGUAGUGUGUACAAUAUCGACUGCAUUAAUUGUGUAUAGUCAGAUUUAAAAGCAACUACCCGCGGCUUGUUAUCACAAGGUGUACAUAGAGAUUAUUGUUGAUAAAGAUAUGAAAUAUAUAUGUAUAUAAAGCUGUGCUGGAAGAUACAAUGCGUGCGAGAAACACAUGUACAAUGGUCAAAAUAAAUGUCACAUUUUUUAAAAACUUUA